CCCAUUUAAGGCCCAGCUGGGAGCUCCCCGAGAAGUGAAGCCGCGCGCAGCCCCACCAUGGGGGACACCUUCAUCCGCCACAUCGCCCUCCUGGGCUUUGAGAAGCGCUUCGUCCCCAGCCAGCACUACGUGUACAUGUUCCUGGUGAAGUGGCAGGACCUGUCUGAGAAGGUGGUCUACCGGCGGUUCACCGAGAUCUAUGAGUUUCACAAAACCUUAAAGGAAAUGUUUCCUAUCGAGGCAGGGGACAUCAGCCCAGAGAGCAGGGUCAUCCCCCACCUGCCAGCGCCGCGGUGGUUUGACGGGCAGCGGGCAGCUGAGAGCCGCCAGGGCACGCUCACCGAGUACUGCAAUACACUCAUGGGCCUGCCGGUCAAGAUCUCCCGCUGCCCGCACGUCCUGGACUUCUUCAAGGUGCGGCCAGAGGACCUCAAGCUCCCCACGGACAGCCAGGUGAAAAAGCCGGAGACAUACCUGGUGCCUAAAGAUGGCAAGAGUAAUGCUGCGGACAUCACGGGCCCCAUCAUCCUGCAGACAUACCGGGCUGUUGCUGACUACGAGAAGAGCUCGCGCACGGAGAUGACUCUGGCCACAGGCGACGUGGUGGACGUCGUGGAGAAGAGCGAGAGCGGUUGGUGGUUCUGUCAAAUGAAGACAAAGCGCGGCUGGGUCCCGGCAUCCUACUUGGAGCCCCUGGACAGUCCUGAUGAGGUGGAGGACCCAGAGCCCAACUAUGCAGGUGAGCCCUAUGUCACCAUCAAAACCUACACUGCCAUACUGGAGGACGAGGUGUCCUUGAACCAGGGUGAAACCAUUGAGGUCAUUCAUAAGCUCCUGGACGGCUGGUGGGUCAUCAGGAAAGACGACGUCACAGGCUACUUCCCGUCCAUGUACCUGCAGAAGGCAGGGGAGGACAUAGCCCAGGCCCAACGCCAGAUCAAGAGCCGAGGGGCACCGCCCCGCCGGUCGUCCAUCCGCAAUGCGCACAGCAUCCACCAGCGAUCACGGAAGCGCAUCAGCCAGGACACCUAUCGGCGCAACAGCGUCCGCUUUUUGCAGCAGCGCCGCCGCCAGACGCGGCCGGAGCAGCAGGGUGCACGGAGCCCGCUGACAGAGGAGCAGCCGCAGACAGAGCGCCCGAAGCCGCAGCCGGCAGUGCCCCCACGGCCCAGCGCAGACCUCAUCCUGAACCGCUGCAGCGAGAGCACCAAGCGGAAGCUGGCGUCGGCUGUCUGAGGCCCGGCCACAGACCACAGAUGACGCCCUGGCUCCUGCGCCCCCUACCGACCAAUCCCUGUAUAUGUGUAUAAAGCCUGAGGUCUGGACGCCGAGGGCAGUCCCGGGCCCGCCCCACCUAGCUAUACGCCACCCUCAAUAAAUGUUGCUUGGAGUGGACAGAGGCUCUGCAGAGACGCCGUUGGGGCAGGGUUGGGGGUUGCUGGACGUCGUUCUUGUGGGUAUUUCUAGAAUCGGGACUGCGGGCUAUUUGCUUUGCUGGGGGGGAGGUUGCCAAGAGCCGAGGUCCGGUUGCAUACUGCGCUGGCCUUGGUCAAGAUCAAGUUUGCUCAAGGCCAAAAUGCAAGAGGAACUCCCGACCCCGCUGGCCGUUUGUCUGGACAGAAACUGCCUGCUCGAACUCUGGCCCCACUGCAGAACAGUGCUAAAGAAGGGUGGACAUAGUGCGUGGUCAGGGGGUCAGGGUGGUGUGACCUUGUAUGCGUACCUUAGUUAGUUGGCAAAAAAAUUAUUUAGAUGUAGGGAAGAGGCGCUUUAUUUCUUCGGGGAGCCUGCUCAGUUAGGAGGCUGUACCAGAAAGCAAACAGAUCCUCACCACUUACCCCCAGCAUUACUGCCAGCCUAUGGAUUCAAAGGCAUUGCUGGUGGGUCUUUCUCAAAAUGCAAAGACACUAAGGUGCACACGAGCUGUAAAUCUUGCAAAAGGUGCAGCCUGUCAGGAAGGCCAUGGAUGGCAUGGACAGCUAUUCCUCCUGUGAGGGAAAUGGCUACAUCAGGAUAGGCAAGGUGAGAGAAAAUCCGCAAGGAGACAGACACUUCUCAAGAGAAUAAUGGACCAUCAAAUGAUUGAGAGAGGCCUUGAGAAAACCACUGGGCCCUUAAUUCCUUUUGCAGAACCCUAUUUGCUGGAAAAGUUCAGCAUCAAUGACUGUCAUACAAAGCUGUGGAAAAAUUAACCACAGGUGACCCCAACCUCAUUGAUUGUUCAGUUGCAAUUACAACUUUUAAAAAAGUAAACACAGUAUAAAAUACUUUUCAUAAUUUUCAGUUUCACUUUUGUGAAACUGAAAGCCCUGAUCAAACAUUUCCCCCAUGUUUUUCUGUAUUU